AUGAGUGGGCCUCCAGGAACACAAGGGCCAGGUCCAAUGGGCAUGGGUCCUCCAGGACCAUACGGUACUGGUCCAAUGGGAUGUAUGGCUGGUAUGAUGCCUACACCUAUAGACAUGUCAGGUGAAAUUUGGGUAGAAACUAAAUCUCCUGAAGGUAAAUUGUAUUACUAUCAUGCCAGAACAAGAGAAACAACCUGGACCAAGCCUGAGGGGCCAAAUAUUAAAGUAUAUACCCAAGAACAGGUAGAACAAAUGGCUGCUAGUGCUUUAGGUGGGCCAAUGGGGCCAGGUGGUACUAUGGGUAACACUAUUGGGCCUAUCGCAUCUACUGGGCAAUCUGGCACUGUGGGACCAAGUGCAGCCCCUGGAAUGUUGCCUACCACACCUGAUUCUAUGAUGGUUCAAAGUAGUUAUCAAGGUGUUCCCCCAACAACCAUUAGGAAUGGUAAUGAGAACGGCACUAAUGGUUUAAGUAAAUCAGUUAAUAAAGAGGAAACUACAAAUAGUGCAUCCCUUUCAAAUGAAGAGGAUGCAUCUGAAUCACCACCAUUAAAUUCAACAUUAACUGCAACUACCACUCAAACAACUACAACCUUAACAUCAGCAACUACUGUUUCUGCACCCAUGAUACGACAAACUCCUAUUCCUUAUCCUGGAGCGCCUUCUGCUUAUGGCAUGCCUCCUCCAGGAUAUCAAGGUGCACCUGGGUAUGGUUAUCCAGGAUUACAAUGGGGUGUAGCUCCUCAAGGAAAUCCUUAUUUAGGUUUAGGGGUAGGACCAGCCAUGCCGGGGCCUAUGGUUCAACCAGGAGCAAUCCAUCAAUCACAAUUACCUACAAUGCAGCCAAAUGCAAAUAGUUUAAUCACAGCAUCGGCUCCUGCUUCUAAAAUGGAAGAUUUAGCUCAAAUAGAUCCUCAAAUUGUUGCUAAAGCUUCAGAAUGGUCAGAACAUAAAGCUCCUGAUGGCAGACCAUAUUAUUAUAAUUCGAAAGCCGGAGAAUCCGUAUGGGAGAAACCUCAAGCUUUAAAAGAUUUAGAAACCGCAAAAUUAGCUGCUGCUCAAGGAAUAUCUACAGUGCCAUCAGUUCCUGGAGUUGAAGAUAUAUUAGAGGAAGAUAUGUUAAAACAUAAACAAAAAGAAGAAGAUGCCGAAGAAGAAAUGCGUAAAAAGAAAGAAGAAGAAGAAAAAGCAAUUGAGUUAAAAAAGCAACAGGAUCGCGCACGCCCAGUUUCUAGUACACCAGUUCCAGGGACUCCAUGGUGCGUGGUCUGGACUGGGGAUGGUAGAGUGUUUUUUUAUAAUCCGUCAACAAGGACGUCUGUUUGGGAAAGACCUGACGAAUUAACCAACAGAUCGGAUGUUGAUAAAUUAGUCAUUUCUCCUCCUGAAGCAGUGGUUAAUGCAAAUAGUACACAACCUCCUACAUUCACUACAAACGUUGUAACAACAUCUUCGAACUCUGCAUCAGCUACGCCCAAAAGAGAGAAAGAAGGAAGUGGAGAAAAAGAAGUAAAAGAAGACAAAAAAUUAAAAACUCAGAUUGACAUAGGAAAGGAAGCUGCGAUCGAAGCCGAAGUUAGGGCGGCCAGAGAAAGAGCUAUUGUGCCUUUGGAAACCAGAAUAAAGUCUUUCAGAGACAUGUUAGCCGAAAAAGAAGUAUCUGCAUUUAGUACGUGGGAAAAAGAGUUACACAAAAUAGUCUUCGAUACGAGGUACCUUCUUUUAACUUCGAAAGAAAGAAAGCAAGUAUUUGAAAAGUACGUGAAAGAGAGAGCAGAAGAAGAAAGGAGAGAAAAAAGGAAUAAAAUGAAAGAAAGGAAAGAAGAUUUUAGAAAAUUACUAGAAUCAGCCGGUUUGUAUGGAAAGUCAUCUUUUAGCGAUUUUGCUGCCAAGUGGAGUAAGGAUGAAAGAUUUAGAAACAUUGAAAAAAUGCGGGAGAGAGAAAGUUUAUUCAACGAAUAUAUAUUAGAAGUAAGGAAACGGGAAAAGGAAGAAAAAGUUCUCAGGCGCGAACAGAUCAAAAAAGAUUUUUUUCAAAUGCUUCGAGAGACUCACGAAGUGGAUCGUCACACGAGGUACAGCGAAGUGAAGAAAAAAUUAAGUUCGGAUCCCCGGUAUAGAGCUGUGGAUUCGAGUACGGCGAGAGAAGAUUGGUUUAGAGAACACAUAAAACAUUUGAAAGAAGAGAGGAAAAGGGAUAAGGAAAAAGACAGGAGAGACAGGAAGGAAUUUAAAAAGGAAGAAAAAAAGGAUAGAGAUUUAAAAAAGGAUGAAAAAGAAAGGGAUAAAGACAAGGAUAAUAAGGAUAAUAAGGAUAAGGAUAAGGAUAAUAAAGAUAAAGAAAAGGAUAAGGAUAAGAACGUAGAUCAUGAUCACGAUGAUAUGCCCCUACACGAUCCCGAAAGGAGUGAUACUGAUAUUGAUCAAGAAGUCAAUUCGGAAGAAGAUAGGGAAAAGGAGAAAAAGGAUAGGGAAAAACAAGCCAGAGUGGAGGCUAGUCUUCGCGAGAGAGAAAAAGAAGUUCAAAGAACUUUGGCGACACACUUGAGAGAUAGAGAUAAAGAACGUGAGCAACACAAACGUGAUGAAGCAGUUCAGCAUUUUAAUGCUCUUUUAGCCGAUUUAGUUCGAAAUGCUGAUUUGAGUUGGAGAGAAGCGAAACGAGCCCUCAGAAAGGAUCACAGAUGGGAACUUGCUGAAUUGCUCGACAGGGAGGAAAAAGAAAAAAUUUUUAAUUCUCAUAUCGAGCAAUUAACUCAUAAAAAAAGGGAGAAAUUUAGAGAAUUACUGGAUGAAACUGGUGAAGUUACGUUAACAAGUUCAUGGAAAGAAGUAAAAAAAUUAAUUAAGGAAGAUCCAAGGUGUACAAAAUUUUCUUCUAGCGAAAGGAAAAUCGAAAGGGAAUUUAAAGACUAUAUAAAAGAUAAAUAUGUAGCGGCCAAAGCCGAUUUUAGAGAAUUAUUGCAGGAAACCAAAUUAAUCACUCAUAAUUCGUUAAAACUUUUUCAAGAAAAUGAACAACAUAUACACGAAAUAGAAGAAAUUUUUAAAAAAGACAAAAGGUACCUUAUAUUAAAUUACAUUCCGGAGGAAAGAACCAAAUUAAUAUUAUUUUAUUUAGAGGAUUUGGAAAAAAGAGGUCCUCCUCCCCCCCCGACCGCUUUUGAACCCAAUAAAAGAAAUAAGGGAAAUUACAAUUAA